UACUAAAGUAAGUAUAUUAAUACCAAUCAAUCUACAUCUUGGAAGUAGAAUCCAUAUCAUCUCGAUAUGACCAGGGUAAACACACGGGAACGAGUACAGUACGAAUAACGUUAGUGGUUAAUCGCCCAAGACUUCGGUCGCCAGCGUCUGGACGUCGUCCUCGACUUGAUGGAGAUGCUUGUGCAAUGACACGCACUGCUCUUGGAGGGUCGUGACGGUGCCGCGCUGGACGUUGAGGCAUUUGGAGAGGCGGUCGAUCUCUUCGUUGGCGGCCUUGAGGGCCUUGUCGUGGCUCGUCUGCAUCACAAACAGAUCCUGCGCGACUUUUUUCUCGAGCUCGUCCACCAAGCGCACCACCAACGCUUUAUCCGCUUUCUGUCGCUCCUCCAUCUCCCGAAGCAUGUCGUGGUGUUUGCAGCAUUUGGUGUUGAGGUCCGAGAUCUGGUCGCGCACGCUCACGCGGGCACCACCAUUCGCCGUGUGGCAUCGCGCGCCAAUGCGCGACUUUUGACGGUCGAGGUGCGACGGCGACCUCUCCCCUCCCUCGUCGUCUUCAGAGUACUCGUCCCGCCGUGGGUCAGCAUCCUUCGCGUUGGUGGCAACGACUCGCAUCCAAGAGAUUCAAAAGUGGACUUAGGAUGACCCUCCAUGAUGUCGCCUUCAACAUGGCGGGUCAGACCGCCCAGAGCAACCAACAGCCGUUGGAUCCACCAAUCGCAGUGGAUAUCCGGUUUUUAUCCGGAUUUCACCACCGUUCGCUUUCGCGGACGCUUGGGACGAUGAGCUCGAAGGUGGUGGCGCUCGGCCUGCAGAGGCGUCUUGCUGACGUGAGCGCAGCUGCAUUGAUCGCACAGAACCCACGUCUUCGCCUUCCCCGCGCGACGGAGUCGACGGACAUGUACAUACCGUUCCUGGUAGAUGGCUUUCCAAUCAUGGACAAACGUUGGCGGAUGGGUGCAUGUGUUGACGCCGAGUUUCGUCGACAGUUGUUGCCAUAGCCACGGAUCGAGGGACGUGUCGUGGAAAGCUCGACACACCGAUGCAACACGACAAAGGCGCUUGCACGAGAGAAACGAGAAGACGUGGCGGAGGACGUCGGGAUGUAGAUGAUGGUUCACGGGUGUCGUCGACGGCGUCGCACCCGCCGUCCAUGGCACCCUCAAUGCAGGAAGCGGUGGAAUACGGUGGAAUCGAACCAGUUCCAGUGCACGCAGAUGAAUCGGCGGCGCGGCAAACGGAACGAGCGUGUCCAUCCACAUUGCAUCCGUCGUGGACUACACAUGUUGAUUCUUGGAUCCACCACCCCCAUACGAUGAUGGUACGAGCCAAGGAACACGGCGUACGUACCUCCAUGCCAAGUACGUAGACAACACGUGCGCAACAAGAGCGGGUGGCAGCUACGAUCGAUGCAAAUGCAAUGAAAACAUGCAAUAUUUCAGAAAAAUAAACACGAAAUGAGGGAGAAAAUGUAAAAAACGACCCUAAAAUAU